UGCUAUGACAUUAGAAGCGUUUAGCUCACUUGCUUGGAAGAAACUGCGAUCCACUAAGCGAGGAUUUACUGGCUGCUCAUUUGGGAGCAAACACUGAAGGACACAAGCACUUGAGCCUCAUAAGGGAGUGGAAAAUGCACUUGCUGGAAGUUGCCCUUCUUUUUCUUUACACUGUAUUGAUUCAGGGGGACACUGCUUAUGAAUCAGGGCAGGGAUACUACGAGGACACGGAGUUUGGCGACACAAAGGAUCAGCCAAGCAAGGAGCUGGAAGAGCAACUGCGUUCUGUAUCCAGUGUGGAUGAACUUAUGACAGUGCUUUACCCAGAAUACUGGAAAAUGUUCAAGUGUCAACUAAGGCAAGGUGGUCUAUCCGGGUUUGAUGCUAGAAGAGAUGAUAGCAUGAAAUUUGCAGCUGCACAUUAUAAUGCCGAUAUCUUAAAAAGUAUUGAUAAUGAGUGGAGAAAGACUCAGUGCAUGCCACGGGAGGUGUGUGUAGAUGUGGGGAAAGAGUUUGGAGCAGCAACAAACACCUUCUUCAAACCCCCAUGUGUAUCCGUCUACAGAUGUGGGGGGUGCUGCAACAGUGAGGGACUGCACUGCAUGAACAUCAGCUCAACCUACGUCAGCAAAACGCUAUUUGAAAUCACAGUACCUUUGUCUCAAGGACCUAAACCAGUAACAAUUAGCUUUGCCAACCAUACCUCCUGCCGAUGCAUGUCUAAACUGGAUGUUUACAGACAAGUCCAUUCCAUUAUUAGGAGAUCAUUGCCAGCAACCCAAAUACAGUGCCAAGUAGCAAACAAGACAUGUCCAAGAAAUUACAUAUGGAAUGAUCACAUGUGCAGAUGUAUAAUUCAGCAUGAUUUUGAUCUUUACUCAAAUCCAGAAGAAUUAGAACCUGCAGAGGACUUUCAUGAUAUAUGUGGACCAAACAAAGAACUUGAUGAAGAAACCUGUCAAUGCAUCUGUAAAGGAGGUUUAUUGCCUUCAAGCUGUGGCCCACAUAAAGAAUUAGAUAGGACAUCAUGCCAGUGUGUUUGUAAAAAUAAACUUCUUCAGACUUCAUGUGGGCCCAACAGAGAAUAUGAUGAAGAAAAAUGCCAGUGCAUGUGUAAGAAAACAUGCCCAAAACAUCAGCCACUGAAUAUAGCAAAGUGUGCAUGUGAAUGCACAGAAUCUCCAAAUAAAUGUUUCCUUAAAGGAAAAAGAUUUCACCAUCAAACAUGCAGCUGUUACAGACCACCAUGUCAAACUCGACCGAAACGUUGUGAAUCUGGAUUUUAUUACAGUGAAGAGGUUUGUCGCUGUGUACCAACAUAUUGGAAAAGGCCACACAUGAGCUAAUUUUUUAACAGUGUCUGAAAUAUGCACAUACACCUCCGGAAAAAGCAAAGAAACAUUUUUUUUCUAAAUUUCAAAUAUACUUUUACGUAAAAAAAAAAAAACAUUCAAAGUAAAGACACAAAUAUAUUGUGCUUGGCAUGAAGAUGUGGAAAACAUUUUUGAAGGUUUCCAGAGGCUUAUGUGACUCGUUUUAAGGACUGAACAGGACUUUUCUGUUAAUGACCACGAAGUCUCUGGGGUUUUUUGUAAUUUUUAUUAAGUAAAUGACUAUAUAAUUUAUUUCCAGUAAAAAAAAAUAUUGUUCAACAUUCCUGUUUAUAGCAGCAUUCCUGUGAUCAAUAUUUUUAGACCAUGUAAAAUAUGUUUUAAAAAAACAACAAAAGUGUAUAAUAAAGUGAUAACACUUUUCAUUAA